AUGCGUCAAGAAGCCAAACGAAUAGCAAAGAAGUGUACUAAGCUACCUCUCAGAUCAAGCCUUCCAAAAAAUAUUAAGAAUAUAUUUACCAAAGACUAUAAAUAUAAGUCUCUCGAUCAGGAUACCCUUAGAAUACUUCUGAGUUAUUACAAUCCAUUGUUUAAAAAAAAAGAAAGUAUACCAAAUGUACAAGAGAGAUUAUAUUUAUUAAAUUUCCUAUAUCAAAAAAAGCAUUACAAUAACGUCAUCAAUCUUUGCCAUUAUUAUAUCCUGAGUUCCUCUGGCAAGAAUCAGAAUGGUAAUUCAGAAGAUCUUUGGUUUACUGAAUUAAAAUACUAUUUAGGUGCCCUUGCUAAGAAAAAUCACUGGGUUGUUUUAGAUGGUAAAAUAAAUUUCAUUAUAAAAAGGUACUCGAAAUCAAAGCCAGAAGCCGUAGAAAAACUUAUCCUUUCCACUCUUGGCAAAAUAUUUUCAAGCAAUGAUUUAUCCGUAAGAGAUGCUCUGUUUAGAUGGUGUCAAUGGACUACAGCAUUUUAUGGGCAUUGUAAGUUUACUAAGCCAAAUAGACACUCUAAAAUUACUAAGGGAUUGAUUUAUUAUAUAAAUAAGAUACAUAUGCGAGAAAAAUCGUCUGGACCUAUUAUUUGCAACGCCUUAGAUUGGAUUAAAUCUACGAAAAGUAUAACAUUGUCUAAUCAACUAUCCACUACGCUAAUCUCUAUACUUACUCAGCUUGAGCUGUAUAAACUUGCAGAACUUGUCUGGAAUUAUAAACUCAAUAAUCAACUAAAUGUUGUUGCAUCUGAUUUAACAUGUAUAUUAAGGAUUUAUAGACGGCUCGAAAAAUACAGUUUAGUUGUCACUACAUAUGAGCAACAUCCUGAGAUUCACACUGAAAACCAACAAUUUGAUUAUGUACUUAUUGCAAAAGCUCAAUUAAAAGACUGGAGUGGUCUUCGAGCUCAAUUUGAUGCGUUAUUUGGUAUAGGUGAAUUGCCUAGUCUGAGGCAUUAUGGUACUGUGAUGUAUGCAAUUGCUACUGAGGGAGAUAUUGAAUCAGUAGAUAAACUUUAUGUUCAAUUAUUGCACAGAGGAUUUAAGCCAGAUUAUGCUAUAUUGCAAGCUUUAUUGUUUGCACAUUACUCAGUAGGUGAUAUGAAUGGCUGCCUUUCACAAUAUGAAUUGUUUCGAAAAUAUUCAGUAAAGCCAUCACCUUCUACAAUAGCAAUAAUGUUAAAAGUUCAUAUGAAAAUAAGCGGUAUUGACGGGGCUUUAAAAUUCCUGAAGAGAAUUUUAGAUUCUGACCCGGAUUUAAUCGAUGAAAAACAUUUUAGUUCUUUAAUAAAUAUGUGCUCAACAACUACCAACUACUUAAUUGCAGAAGAACUAUUCCAUGUUAUGAAAGAUGAUUAUAAUUUGAUCCCUACCAGCUCAUCAAUAGCUUCAUUGAUGCAAGUUUAUAUUGAAAGCAAACUUUAUGAAAAAGCUCAAUUAUUGUACAGUCAGUAUAUUAAUUCAACAGAGGUCGGUAUCAACCGACUACGCAUUUAUAACAAAGGGCUGCUUCUUCAGAUAGCGAUGAAAAGUGAGAUUGGUUAUCAAGCAAUAUUAAAUCGUAUUAAGUCGGACCAUUUAAAACUAAAUGAAGAAUCAUAUUUUGCAAUAUUAUCAUAUCAUAUAAAACUGAAAAAGGAUUAUAUAGUUGCAGAACAACUUCUUAUGAAAUUAUUGGAAAAUCCUAUGUUACAAAUAACCUCACGGCAUUUUAAUCUGUUAUUUAAAGCAUAUGAUUAUAUAUCUAAUAGAGAAGGUGUGUUUCGACUUUAUAAGACAAUGACUAGUAAUGGUAUUUUACUAAAUUCUUCCAUUUUAUUUUAUAUUAUAAAGUCUACUUUCAAAAUUCAACUUAGAUCUCAAAAGCAACUUGAUCAAAGUAUAGCAUUAGUUCAACAUAUUCUAGGCCAUGCUUCACGAGGAACUCUAGAUAUACCAAUACCAUUCUUACAUCCUUCAAUUGUAGCAUGGCCAAUGAGAAUGAUUGCUCGAUAUGACAAUCCAGAAAAGGCCUUUCAGCUUUUGAAUCAAUAUAAUAAAUUAUUCUAUAAGCAUGAUGAUUAUUCUGCAAAUAACAAGUUCGUCAUUAUGAGAUCUCAGUUGGUAAUCUAUGCUACUCUAGAGCAAUGGGAUACAUUCGGAAAUCUAUUCGAUGUAUAUUGGCAAACAAUUCUGAAUUACUCAUCUCGGCCAUCUGCCACAGUGCCAAAUUUAAAAGCUAAUACUCUAAUGAAAGAUUUAUUUUAUUAUAAGGUACGCCAUUUGGCAGCAACGAAUUCUAUCUCAGAGCUACCAAAAUGGUUAGAAACCCUUGAAGAGCAUGGGUUGGUAUUAGAUAACACAUCGUGGAAUGAAGCUGUUCGGUACUUAUUCAGUAAUCCUAAUACAAUUUCAGUUGGGUUAAAAUAUGUCAACUCUAAGCUAAUACAUGGUUUUAAUAUAAUUCAUAAAUUGAGAUUAGCCAAAAAGCAUCAAAAUGAAAGUGGUAGUGGUCAAAUUACAAAUUGGCUACUUUCUAAGAGGCAAGAAAAUCCAAAGAGUUACGUACCCACAUUAUACAUAAAAUCAGAUGUUUACCAUGAAUUAAUGGAGCUACUUGAUAAAUACUUGAAUUAUGUUCCUGAUCUGGAAUCAAAAGUGAAGAACUUUGCCGAGCAAUAUCCUUAUUUUAUGAAAUCAUAUUUACUUUCGAAGAGGACUAACGUAGCCCAUUGGGAAGUUAUAGAAACAAAAUACAAAGAACAACUCCAAUUUAUUCGUUCAACUAAAAGAAUUUUAUCAAAAGAAUCUUGGUAA